AUGGCACGGUCCUGGUUACGGGAUUGUCAGAAAUCUCACAACGAAUGCAACAUCGAACUUGACUCCCAUGACGUCAGACCUAAACCCAAGCGACUCAUUUACGUAGGACAUCAUAGUUCCGGAAGAGCCCGCAUCGAGGAAACGAGCAACAAACCGACUAGACCCUACGCGGCCUUGAGCUACUGCUGGGGCAAAACCGCGAGGAACGACGUCGAAACAACCCAAGCUAGCCUGGCUGAGCAGGGAGAAGGCUUUUUAAUCGCCCGACUAUCAAAGACUUUACAGGACUCGAUUGAGGUGACUCAAGCUCUGGGAUUGGAAUACCUAUGGGUGGAUUCUCUUUGCAUCAUUCAGGAUGAUCUCGACGAGAAGAGCUCAGAGAUAUCGAAAAUGUGGCAGAUCUACAGGAACGCCACUGUCACUAUCUCGGCAGCCAGAGCCUCUGGAAGCAAUGAAGGAUUUAUUCACGAACGAGAUCUUGCGUCCUGCUACGGCAACAUAUACGCAAUUCCUUGGCGCAACAUAGGCCACGAGAAGCACCCAACCUCGCAAACUGUGUUUUGCUGCGAAGGAGACAUGAGACGUGUCAAGCCGGAACCGAUUGACUCGCGCGCGUGGACAAUGCAGGAGCACAAGCUCUCACCGCGACUCCUGAGAUUCGGCAGCUCACAAAUGAUUUGGAAAUGUUCGCACGGUUACAGGAUGGACGGAGGAUCCCUCGAGGAGGACGAAAUCGAAUUUGACUCAAGUGUAGAGGACGUGCAAGCGCUGUAUGAUUGGCAGUGCGAGGUUUCACGGUUUACCGCUCGAUUUAUCACGGACCCUAAAGACCGACUACCAGCCAUUGCGGCUCUGGCAGAAGAGUACGCGGAACGGCUGGGUGCAAAGCCCCAUCAGUACAUGGCUGGACUAUGGAGACAGGGCAUGCCUUUUAUGCUACUAUGGCACGUUGAGGCUGGUCACGGUGAAGAAACCUGCCCUGAUCUUCCACCCGACGAGAAACUGUCGCCAACAUGGUCUUGGCAUCUCGCCCGCGGUCGCGUCUGCUGGCCAGAAUUACUACCCGCAGAAUUUUCUGAUCCUGUUUUGUUGCGCGUGGAGAAUUAUCGCGUCACACUUGCGACGACGGUCGAAUAUGGUACGGUUAAAGAGGGAAGCUUGUCAGUUAUUGGAGCUUUGCUUGCAAUUGGCUGGUCAAGGACUAGCCGAAAAUGGGUUGUGCUUGAUGGUUCACGGACUGUUGCCACCAUCGACGUCAAGUGGGACCUGAGAUAUGUGCCAUACGAGGAAAGGUUAUAUGGUUUGGAAGUUAGACGGAUAAGUUUCACUAGCACUGAAGGGCUCAUCGUCAAGCACACUGGUGAGGGAUCAUUUCGCAGGGUCGGAUACUUUCAAACUAAGCCACAGGAAGACGAAAAUGGAAGGGACCCGAUUCCGCGAAACCAACGGAAGAUUACGCUCGUUUAG